AUGCGAGGUCGUCGAUGUGGGCAGAACAGAGCCCAGGCAGCUGCCAUCCCCACUGUUGCUCCUAUCACUGUAGCUGCUGCAGCAAACGCUACAACUCUUCAAAACCCCCAUUGGCAACAGCUUCCUCUUAGAUACAGAACCAGUGAUGCAGCUCAUGCUGGUCCAGAUGAGGGCGAAAUCUUCGACCUCGAGAAUAUCUCAGGGGACAAAGAGGAACCAGGCAAUUUUCCUGUGCCCACCGCUAUGGUGCCUGCAGGCUCUAAUCCAAGCCCACUCCAGGCUGUCACCAGCACUGUUCGGACUGACCCUUUCGCCACUGGCAACCUCAAGCAGACUAAAGGGCCGACUGAUAUGACUCACUUCUACCGGAUCGAUACCGAUACUAAGGGCAAAACUUGCAUCCCUUGCUAG